AAAAAAAAAAAAAAAAAAAAAUAGUAAGUAUUUCGUUGCGUCGAAAAGUUGCUUUUCGAAAUACUCAAAGAUCCAAUCGAUGAUGUUUCAUUUUCUAUUGAAGAAUGAUUUGAACUUUAAUUAUUGUUUGUCAUCAUUACUGCGUCUUCGUUUCAUGUUUGAUUGGUUCUCGAUUUACAUUUGACUUUUGAUUUGCAAAUUACGCGUCGAUUUCGAAUGAAACUGCGAAUAGAAUUGUUUCCGGUAACAACGAUGCGUAAAUGAAAGAAAAGUAGAUAGCAGAAGAGAUGUAGUAGGAAAAACCUGACUGAUCGUACCAAUGGAUGAGACGUGAUCUUUGUUGUUAGAUAUCUUCUAAAUUACUUUCCUUACUUAAAUUUCUUCCAAGUUAAUUCUUUUUUGAUUUGAUUCAUUGAAAUUGAUGCGUAACAUUUUUAGACAGACUCGUUCUUAAUUAUGAUGUUUAUGGCUAAAUUAGUGUUUACCUCAACUAUACGUAACGCUGGGAUAAGUAUAAUUAUCCUUAGAACAAUGAAACCAUUAUAUACUUCUGUUCCUGUGUAUCGUCGUGCCUUUAGUAUGAAAUGUUACAUGGAAUAAAUAUCGUGUUAGCGUUUGACGAUUAGUUCAAAGAAUUUUGUGGAGAAAGUGAGAAACAAAAACUUACGAUCGACCGUCGAGGAGGAUGCCGGUGGGAGGAUCGUCGAAGAUGAAACCUCGAUUGUUCGUUUUACUAUCCUUUUUCGCGUUUUUCCAUCAAAGUAUCAACGCUGACAAUUUAAAACUAUGCGUGGUCGAGAGCGUUCACACGACGAAAAGGAUCCGCGGACUUUGCAAGCAGUUGGUAAUUUCAGGCAGCCCAGUAGAGUGUAUCAUAGGAAAUGAUAGAUUCAACUGCCUGCGGCGAUUAACCAUGGGCAAAGCUGACUUCACCGUGCUGGAACCGGAAGAUCUGGUCGCAGCGUCCGCGUACAACGAAUACAACAUUCUAGUCACGAAUGAAUUAAGAGCAUUUCCAGAUGAGAAGCAACGUUAUGAGAUGGUAGUCAUAGUCUCUAAAAAAGUGAGGAAUAUAUGGGAUGUGAAAGGUAAAAGAUUCUGUCAUCCUGGAUUGGAUACCACUGAUGAUUGGACCAAUGCAAUCUCUACGUAUUUUGAGGAAUGGGUGAUACUGAGAGAAUGUGAUCCAGAUAAAACAUUGUUGGAGAAUCGAAUGAACGGUUUGUCGAGCUUUUUCGAGACAGCCUGUAUAGCUGGCCCCUGGAUUGCCGACACCACGUACGACAGCAAAUUAAAGUCCAAGUACAGGAAUCUUUGUGCUGCGUGCGACAAUCCAGUCGGCUGUUACACGACUGAUACAUAUCACGGUCGCGAAGGCGCUCUGUUGUGCCUCACUGAUAAUGCAGGUGAUAUUGCCUGGGUUAGAUUAAACGAUACGUUGGAACAUUUUAAGGAUGAACGGAUUAACAAAGAAGAUUACAAGUACCUUUGUCCGGACGGUACGACCAGACCGGUGAAAUUUGAUAAACCAUGCGUAUGGAUUACAAAACCAUGGCCGGUGAUCAUCGCUAGAUCGGAGAUAGCGGAAAAAGUAGAGAUGAUGAUGCGCUCUUCGAGUACAGGCAAGUUUAGCCAAUUACUGGAGAAUUAUCACCCGACGCCGGUGAGCACAGAUACUCUGGAAACGCCUGAGGACUUCCUAAUAAGAUUUCCUCGUUUCAUGAGUGCUAAUAAUCGUGCAACGUGUCACCCAUCAAGAAGAGUGAGAUGGUGCGUCGCGUCGAACUUGGAAGAAAACAAGUGCCGAUGGCUCAGAGAAGCUUCGAUCGUGUACGGCGUGGAGCCGGCAAUUUCCUGCAUCCAGGAACUGACCAGAGCCGACUGUUUGAAGGCUGUUGAAACCGAACGAGCGGAUAUAUUUGUCGCAAGGCCGGACGAGCUGCUCGAUGCUAGAAAAAUGGAUCUGAAAACGAUGGUGCAGGUGGUACCUAAAAGGAACAACGAAUUCGUUAGGAUCGCGGCAGUCGUGAAAAGGGACUCGUGGUUCAAGAAUUUAAAGGACCUGAAGGGGGCCAAAGCAUGUUUCACGGGAUAUCGCGACGUUGGAUGGAAUGCUUUUGUGGCUACUUUGAAGAAUAUAUCAGUUACAGAUCACUGCUCAGAUAUAGAAGCAGUUUCUAAGUUCUUCGCAGAGAGUUCCAUUGUUGGUCUGAGCGACAGUGACGGCCAAAUGCCGUAUAAUUUACAUGCCUUGAAUAAACAAGCGAACGGAAUUGAUAAAGACUUGAUUGCUUUUGACUGUAUGAUGUCUAAUGCCGGAGAUGUGGCUUUUGUUAAUUUGAAGAGUAUCGAAGGAAAAAUUGACAAUUUAGUACAAAAACGUGGUAAUCAGGCAAGAAAUACCAGGUACCGAACUCUAUGCCUCAAUCAGAUCGAUUCGAAUGAAAUGUGCUUGCUCACGUGGGCUCCGUUGGGCAUGAUAGUGACACAUGAAAAUAUGACAGACUUGAGACGAGAAGAAAUCUACUCAAUGUUGUUGGAAAUGGACAAGCUUUUCGGAAGCAGUUUCAAAGGCCCAACGCCCGCUUUUUCCAUGUACGGAAUGUACGAUUCAAAUCGUAGUAUUAUAUUCCCGGUACGUAGGAGCAUAUCAGCUUUAAAAUAUCAAGAUGGCUAUAUAUAAAAUUAUAAUAUUUCCCUAGUCUUCUCUAGUUUUCGUCGGAACUUAUGCACAUGCAAUCUAA